AUGUCAGAAAAUGUUUUACAGCAGCUACUUCUGCGCAUACGCCACAGUGAAUGUUAUGCAAUACAGCUAGAUGAGUCCACGGAUGUGGCUGGCCUGGCGCAUCUUCUCGUAUAUGUGCGCUACAUUCAUGAAGGAACCAUCAAGGAGGACAUGCUGUUCUGUAAACCACUGGAACAAAGGACAACUGCCGCAGAUAUUUUUCAAAAGCUGGACACAUUCAUGAACACACAUGGACUCGUGUGGGACAGAUGUGUUGGCAUCUGUACUGAUGGCGCACGGGCCAUGACUGGGAGACACGGAGGUGUGGUUUCGCGUGUGCAAGCAGUCGCGCCAGAUGCCUCCUGGGUACACUGCAGCAUCCACCGAGAGGCUCUUGCUGCAAAGGGAAUACCUGUCCGUUUGAAACAUGUUUUGGACACGAGUGUAAAAAUGGUUAACUUUGUGAAAGCCAGGCCGCUGAACUCCCGCUUAUUUGCUGCGUUGUGCAAUGAGAUGGGCAGCGAGCAUGAGACAUUAUUACUCCACACAGAGGUUCGCUGGCUAUCUAGAGGGAAAGUGCUGACCCGUUUCUUUGAGUUGAGGGAUGAACUUAAAGUUUUCUUCAGUAACCAUCCCUUUGAGCUGUCUGAACAUUUGCAUGAUGAAGAGUACCUUACCUGCCUGGCUUAUCUGUGUGAUAUAUUUUCUCGUCUGAACGAGCUCAAUCUCGGAUUACAAGGCGUUUCUGCAACUAUAUUCAAUGUUCAAGAUAAAGUUGAGGCCAUGAUAAAGAAGUUAAACCUUUGGAAGAACUGCUUGGAUACAAACAACACUGAAGUCUUUCCUGUGCUGCAUGAUUUUCUGUGCUCUAAUGAUCUCACACUAUCUAAAAGUGUAAAGCGCGAAUGUAACGUGCACCUUGAGGAGCUGGCGGUGCAGUUACGCCGAUACUUCCCAGAGACGGACGGCUCAAAUGAUUGGAUACGUCACCCGUUCACCGCUGUGCCUACUUCGUUAUCACCGUCUGACCAGGAGAGCCUAAUUGAAAUUGCCACAGAUGGAUCUCUAAAAGUUGAACACGCUCAAAAGAACCUGGCGGAUUUCUGGAUAGGGCUGCGCACUGAACAGCCCGCGCUGGCUAAGCGCGCUGUCAAGACUCUGAUGCCUUUCGCCACCACAUACUUAUGCGAAAGGGGAUUUUCUGCUUUAACAAACAUGAAAACAAAAUACAGAGCAAGACUUUGUGUGGAAAACGAUUUAAGACUCAGCCUUUCCCAAAUUGAGCCAAACAUUGAAGAGCUGUGUGCCUCUGCUCAAGCACAUCCAUCACAUUAA